AAAAAAAAAGCUGUAGCCCCCUCUUUGUGUUCCAACUACGUAGAUACUGUAAAGGAAUCUAAAGUAUUGAAGAAAAAAAAAAGGCACAGACACAGGAAGUGAUGGGGGCUUUACACUGUGCACCGUCUCGCCACCAUUUCCAUCACAUUACCCUUUGAGAAAGCGUUCACUUCCCUGUUUUGGCUGAGUGCUCAGAUAAAUCGCUGUGCUGCUUCAUAAACCUGUUGGCGCACGCUUGUCAAGAUGUUUGUGUGAUUCCUGCGAACUUUUGACUGAGGACUGAUUAAGGAUAACUUCUACAUAAUGUUCAUAGUUUCAGAAUGACACUGGAUCUGAACUUCUCCAACAUGUCUGUGGAUGCUGGAAAGCCGGAGCAGGGACCGGUGGAGUACCGCCUCUCGGGCCUGAUCUUCUACUGCUUCGUCUUCGUCAUAGGAGUCAUCGUCAAUCUGACUGCUUUAUGGGUGUUUGCCCUCACCACCAAGAAGAGGAACUCUGUCACCGUCUACAUGAUCAACGUGGCAGUGGUGGACCUCACAUUCAUCCUUCUGCUUCCCUUCAGAAUGGUCUACCACCACCAGGACUACUGGCCCUUUGGAGAUAUUUUCUGCAGGAUCAGUGGAGCUCUCACCAUCUUCUACCCCUGCAUGGCCCUGUGGCUGUUCGCUCUGAUCAGCGCCGACCGCUACAUGGCCAUCGUCCAGCCGAAGCACGGCAAAGAGCUGAGGAACGUCCCGAAGGCCGUGGUGGCGAGUCUUGGGGUGUGGCUCAUGACUCUGGGCUGCACUGUGCCUUUGCUCUUUGCUGGGGAAGACCCCGAUCGCAGCUCAAACUUCACCACCUGCAUCAAAAUGCAAGACAUCAUCUACAUGCGCCCCGACAACCUGGUCAACUUUGUGCGACUCAUCUUCUUCUUCCUGCUGCCCAUAUGUAUCAUGAUCGGCUGCUACAUUGUCAUCGUGGACAAUCUGAUCCAUGGCCGCACAUCCAAGCUCAAACCUAAAGUGAAGCAGAAGUCCAUCAAGAUCAUCAUUACACUGAUCGUCCAAGUGUUGGUGUGUUUUGUGCCUUUCCACGUGUGUCUAGUGGUCCGUUUGCUGGGGGACAGCCUGGAUGGGGGGUUUAGCACAUGGGCAGUCUUUACCACCUUCCUGAUGAACCUCAGCACGGUGUUAGACAUCAUUCUGUACUACAUCGUCUCCAAGCAGUUCCAGGACAGGGUGAUCAGCGUGAUUCUGUACAGGAACUAUCUGCGGAGCGUGAGGCGUAAGAGCAGGCACACGCACACCGGCAGCAUCCGUUCGAUGAGCAACAUGACCAGCGCCAUGAUAUGAAGCAACCGUCAAACUUUUUUUUAUGUAGAACAGCACGCCAAUAUGUACUGUGCACACUUUUGGCACAAUGUAACACUGAAUGCAUCACUGUGUGCACGCUUCAUUAUCAAAAGGAUCAAAACUUGCAAUUAAUUUUCCGAGGUGUAAUUUACACUCACAGUAUGGGAGUGCUGCUGUUGUGGCAAAAACAUCUGUGUUCAGAGCUGAUUGACUCACCCAUGAGACUUGAGAUGUUUUCUGUGCAUCUUUUUGCUCUGGCAGACAAAGCACGGGUGUCUGUGGCUCAGGUGUAGUACAUGCAGGCGUAAAUAAAGCUCGUGAUCAUUAAAAACAUAGCCCACAGUAUCUCAUUGUCUGCCUUGUUAUUAUGUUAAAACUCUUCUCAGACUUGUCACGGCGUCAACCAACAUCUAUAAAAGGCCUGAAUGCCUCGGCAGGGGAAAACCAACAGGAAAUGAUGGUGGGUUUUUAAGGGUCGCUGCACCGUGUUUGCACCUUCGCCUCUGCAGCACCUCAGAGUAUGUCAUGACUUAAAUGUGAGCACCAUUAUUGCGUGAAGUCAUGCGCAUCAUUCGGAAAAUAACGCAAGUUUCACUAUGUCGUAUUCGUGGCGUUUAAGCCUAACACUCGAUACAGGACAUCAUUAACAGGAGCGGCCUGAAAGCUGCUGUAAACCCAUCGACCAGGUGAUGGCAGCAUGGCACAGCUAGAUCCCAUCUUCCUGUCGGAGCAACACAAAACAGCACUGUCUUUACUUAUGAAGUCGAUAGUGCUACAUCUUUGAUUCUCUACUUGAAGGUUCUUUAUACCGUCUUGUGUCUUCAUUUUAUCACAUUUCAGCCGGCUUUAUAAAAGCAAACAUUUCACUUUUUACCCUGUGAAAUAACCAUGCGACCUCAUCACGGAGAAGUUGUUAACUGCAGUCGUAACAGCUUCCUCAACCGCAAAUCAGACCAAAGUGUGUUUAUGGUGCAAUGCGAAUCGUAUUGAUUAGAUGUUAAAUGAUUCAGUCACUUAAAGUGCAUUUACAGUAACAUCCUCGAGAGAUGUCAGCGAGGCUAUUUACUAGAUUUAAAGCAACCUUAACCUUAAAAGAGAAAACCUUUUGAGCACAGGGAUACUUUAAUGUCAAGUCUCUGCAAGAUCUUGCAAUUUAUCCCCAAUUUAUACCUCAAAUGGCAGACAAGUGAUGAGUUAGGGGGGGACUGAAUGUGUGACAGUUCUGUCUCGAUGAAGAGACUGUUUAAUUUAAAAAAUGAAGGGGGGGGAGCCUGGUUUUGAUAGGUGCCCUGCACAAACGUCACCCGAGCUAAGAAUUGAUUUCUGUGUUGCCAGUUGCUAAAAUAAUCAAGUUAGUGUGUCUGUCACACCUACACAGCCUUAAGUGGAUUAGACGGUGAGUCAGUAUAGCUGAGUAACUAUGUAGUGUCUCAUGCAAUUAGACAGUCAAGGCAUCCUGUGGUGUGACCACAUGUACGGCACAUUUUUGGAAUAGUUAUCAUACGGAUGAUCGAUUGACUACAAAACUAAUUAAACUGCUUUAGACUGCGCAAUUUCUUAAUGUUUUCUCCCAUCUUCUCAAGCGAGCCCACUUAAAUUCUCCCUGAGAUAAGUCAGUGUAACACAGUGGUAAAGGAUAAACUCUGCUCCAUAUCAUUCUUGGUCUGUUUGUACCGUCUUCACAGGUCUAGAAGUAGCCAGGCUGUAGGAUACAGACGGGCUAGAUUUAUUCUGUUUUAAUAAGAGGAGGCAGGCAACCUGAUUUCCCUCUCACAUGGAAUUCUGGGAACUGCAGUUCAUCACAUGAUGAUAGGUUUAUUGGCCGGUGGACUACAAGCAGAUUUAUAACCAAGAGGUCAAAGGUCAAAUGAAACAUCAGAGCGUCGUCUAUCUGUCCCACCUGUUAGACAUCAAAAGAAAAACCAGCCACGCUGCUCACAGCAACUGGCAUUUAAAACAAUUAAGUUUCCUGUCAAGUCCCUGUGAUGAAUUAUCCGGAAGCUUUACCCGCUGUAAUUCUAAAUCUUCCCAACAAGUGCCUUUGUUGUAGAGAAAUUAAUGAAAACAAGAUUGUCUUUCAUAGGAGCUGAUCUAACAGCGCGACAGCCAGCUGCUCUUCUUUGGGAAUAAAAACAGUCAGCAUUAAACACAGCUCGCACAAAAUACUUUCUUUUUUUUUUUUCCUACCACUCGUGUGGAAAACAAAUCAGGCGGCGAGCGCAGUGGCCAUCUGUUUUGUUAUUUGAUAUGUGUGAAUACAUGUUGUAAUGACUUUGUUUGUGAAUCACUCUCCGCGGCAGAACACACGAGAGCUCUCGAAGUGCUGGAGUGUUCAAAGCUAAUCAUAUAAUUGGACACAAUAGUCGAUGACAAAUGGAGACGCUUGGAGCCAGCCAGCUGGGGAAGUGAAUAUGUAAUCAUUGUAAAAUCAUAUCAUUUUUGCAUAUUUGAAGACAGCUUAAUAGAGUUUGCGUGUCAGCACACUAUCAAAUGAUGAUCAGAGACAGUGUUGCCGUGUUUGUUUUUCUAAAUAGUGCUUUGUUGGACUAUCUAUCUUUAUCACAAUUAAAAGUGUUUCUCUGCA